AUGCAAUCAAAACACUAUAAUGGUCAACAUGUUUGUCUGUAUCCUGCCAGGAGUUUACAAUGCUGCGAAAUGUCCGUACCUGAUUCCGGAGUUAACCGCCCAAAUAUCAAGGAAGCUAUAGACGAAACGCAAAGCCCGUCUUGCGGGACUCUAUCUUACUGCGGUCUCGGAAUUCGCCCCCAAAGUCUGGUGACACGGGGUGUCUGGCCGAGACUACGCUUUUCGUAUACACGGAUCUUGCAACACCAUUCAUGGGGCUUAGGCGUGGCGCCAAUACCUACUAGUCUUGUCGAUCUAUUUCCGGAAUACCCGAUAAAGGCACCGUGCUUGACGGCAAAAGUUGUUGCUAUCAGCGAAAACAACGCUUCUAGGGCCUGUGGUGCCAAGAUGGUCAUAUAUAGGACCUCACCGUUUCGAACAAUACAAGGCAAGGUUAUGCAAAUUCCACAGUAUUCUUCGGUGAUUGUAGCCACAUAUUCGACUACGGCUACGGUUGAUUACAAUCCAGGGUACGCGUCCGUCCAGGAUGCUAUAUUUCGGACGAUUGCUGUUCAUUUGUUUCAGCGGGUCAUCUGCGGGUAUGGGGGCCUCUGGCCUGAUGAUAUCCUUGCGGAUUCCAUCAAUCAACCAACGGGCAACCUGGUCUCGUGGCUGUGGAUACCUGCCAAUUCCAAAAGGCUGGCUGUUCUGCCGCCGGUUUAG